AUGAGUUGGCAAUCAUAUGUCGAUAAAAACUUGGUUGGUACUGGUAGUAUAUCUCAGGCUGCAAUUCAUGGUCAUAAUAGCGCAUUGUGGGCGACUUCGCCUGGAUUUACUGUCAGUAGCGCUGAAUUCGAUGUUGUAUUCAAAGCCUUUAACGAUCCUAAGCAUAUCCAAGCCAAUGGACUCCAUGUAGAUGGUAAAAAAUACUUUACGUUACGUGCCGACGACAGAAGUAUUUAUGGAAAAGAGGGAGCGAAUGGUAUUGUCAUAGUAAAGACAAAACAAGCUGUAAUCUUUGGUAGAUACGUCGAAGGUACACAGCCUGGCACGGCUAACAAAAUUGUCGAGGCUUUGGGCGAUUACUUGAUCAAUCUAAAUUACUAA